AUGGCCACCCUUAUUGCCUUUGAAGAUGUCUCUCCUGCUGCCGAUGCUGAACUCCUACGAAAGGCUUGCCAUGGAUGGGGGACUGAUGAGAAGAGUGUAAUAUCGAUAUUGGGGCAUAGAAAUGCAAUUCAAAGGAAAUUGAUAAGAGAAGCUUAUCAAGAACUUUAUCAAGAAGAUCUUGUUAAGCGUCUUGAGCAUGAACUCUCCGGUGAUUUUGAGAGAGCAGUGUACCGAUGGAAUUUGGAACCGGCGGAUCGGGAUGCAGUGCUGGCAAACGUGGCACUACGGAAAGAAAACCGCGAUCAUAGGGUGAUCAUCGAACUAGCGUGCACUCUAUCUCCUGAAGAGCUUUUUUCUGUCAAGCGUGCUUACCAAUGCCGCUACAAACGUUCGUUGGAAGAAGACAUUGCUUCCCAUACCUCUUCAGAUCUCCGAAAGCUACUGGUGGGGUUGGUGAGCAUACAUAGGUACCAAGGCGAUGAAGUGAACUUGAAAUUGGCGAAUUCGGAAUCGAGCAUUCUUCGGAAUGCCAUUGAAGAAAAGACGUUUAACCACGAAGAAAUCCUCCGAAUUGUCACGACAAGGAGCAAGCCACAACUCAUGGCUACUUUGAAUCGCUACAAAGAUGAACAUGGAUGUACCAUCACCAAGCACUUGAAGGACGAUUCAGCUGAUGAAUACACAACGACACUCCGUACGACGAUCAGAUGCAUGAGUGACCCUAUUAAGUACUUUGAAAAGGUGAUUCGAAAUGCGAUAAAAAGGAACGGGACAAACGAAGAUGCACUGACUCGUGUGAUUGUUACACAUGCCGAGAAAGACCUGAAAGAGAUCAUGGAACAGUAUUACAAGAGGAACAGCGUGCCACUCGAUCAGGCUGUCGCAAAGGAAACCUCGGGGCAUUACAAACGCUUUCUUCUCGCAUUGCUUGGGAAGGAAAAUUAG